AUGGACCCCCGCCUUGCCUUUAUGCGCUCGGCCAAGCCCGUCGUCGCCGCCGGAACGAAGACGGUGCCGAUCCGCCAGACCUUCUCGAGCUCGACACCGCGGGACAACACCGUCUCGGUCCUGUACUAUCCUCCGAAGCGGGGGACGGAGCAGGCGCCGGACCAGGUGACGCUCUUCCUUCCAGGCAAUCCCGGCACACCGGAAUACUACCUCUACUUCCUUGGACAUCUGCACUCGAACCUGCCCGACGGGCAUGCCCUGCUGGCGGCGUCUCAUGUCGGCGGCGAUGCCGCGCAACCCCACCCGAAGAAACCUUUCGACCUGCCGGACCAGAUCGCGAGUAAGAUCGAGAUGGUGAACGCUUUGCAGUCGUCACUCGACGCGUGGGCGUCGCCAGGACAGAAGCCCAAGGUGGCGCUGGCCGGGCACAGCGCUGGGACAUGGGUGAUCUGCGAGAUAAUGAAGAAGAUCAAGGUGCACGCCGCGUACCUGACCUUCCCGACGUUGGGCUGGAUUGCCUGGUCGUACAACGGGUGGACGAUGUGGCCCAUGUUCCACUUCCCCAUCUUGCAGAUCAUCCCGUACACGUCGUACAUUGCGCGGCACCUGCUGCCGUACUACCGCCUGCCGAAGCCGUCGCAGGAGCUCGUCAAGUCGCCCGAGACGCUGCGCGAUGUUCUCGCCAUGGCGGUCAGCGAGAUGAAGCUCAUCCGCGAGCCAGACUACGAGUGGUUCCUGAAGCAGCGUGACCUGCCGUACGGAGAGGGCGUGCACGGCGUCUGGAGCGAGGGCACCCUCGACGGCUGGGUCGGCAAGGAGGCCCCGCUCAUUCGCGACUGUCUCGGCAAGGACCGCGCUGUGACAGUCGACAUCCCGCAUGCUUUCUGUCUCAGCGAGCGCAAGUCCAAGCGCGUUGCCGACAUCGUCCUGGGAUGGAUGACGGACAAGCCCUCCAAGACCGUCGCUGCUGUCAAGUCAGCCAACGUCCACGACGGCACCGACACGCCCGAGUACCCCGAGUCCGAGAUGAUCAUGUAG